AUGCCCUCCACGUACAAGAAGGAUAAACCAUGGGACACAGAUGACAUUGACAAGUGGAAGAUCGAUGAAUUCAAACCCGAAGACAAUGCAGGAGGUAGCUUCGCCGAGGAGUCAUCCUUUAUGACGCUUUUCCCCAAGUACCGCGAACAAUAUUUGAAGGAAGCAUGGCCCGGUGUCACUCGAUCGUUGGAGAAGAUGGGAAUUGCCUGCACACUCGAUUUGGUGGAAGGAAGCAUGACCGUCAAGACUACCCGAAAGACCUACGAUCCCGCCGCGAUCCUCAAAGCGCGUGACCUGAUCAAGCUGCUUGCUCGAAGUGUCCCCGUCACCCAGGCCCUGAAGAUUCUGCAGGACGACGUGGCAUGCGACAUCAUCAAGAUUCGGAACCAAGUGCGGAAUAAGGAGCGUUUCGUCAAGCGCCGACAGCGUAUUCUCGGUCCUAACGGUUCCACCCUCAAGGCACUGGAGCUGCUGACCAGCACUUAUAUUCUGGUGCAAGGAAAUACUGUGGCGGUGAUGGGCCCAUUCAAGGGCUUGAAGGAGGUGCGGAGAAUUAUCGACGACUGCAUGGCGAACAUCCACCCCAUCUACCACAUCAAGGAAUUGAUGAUCAAGCGUGAGCUCGCCAAGGACCCCACACUGGCAACCGAGUCGUGGGAUCGAUUCCUGCCCAACUUCAAGAAGCGCACACUGUCCAAACGUCGGGUUCCAUUCAAGGUCACCGACAAGGAGAAGAAGGUGUACACCCCCUUCCCGCCUGCGCCCGAGAAGAGCAAGGUCGACCUGCAGAUCGAGUCUGGAGAAUACUUCCUGUCCAAGGAAGCCAAGGAUCGUGCACACAAGGAGGAGGUCAUGGAACGCCAGCGCGUCAAGCGCGAAGAGAAGAUGCGCGAGCGAGAGAAGGAUUUUGUGGCGCCCGAAGAGCAAACCCCCGCCGAUCUCGACAAGGAGAAGAAAAAGAAGAAGGAGAAAAAGGAGAAGAAAGAAAAGAGCAAGCGCAAGCGCGACCACGAAACCGAUGGAGAGGAAACCACCGAGCACAGCGAAAAGAAGAAAAAGAAGAAGAGCAAGUCCAAAGAGACGUCCUCCGAUCAGGAGUAA